AUGCCAGACAUAACCCCACUGUUCAGGAAAUAUGUUAAUGUCAUUGAAGAAGCUAGAGAUAACAGUCUUGAAAAGGCGGAAAUUCAAGAUCGAGAUAAUCUCGCGAUGAAGAAAUUUAGUAUAAAAGAUACGUUUGUGAAGGAAUGCUCUGAACUUCUUAAACAUAUUAUAGAGCUGCGGAAAGUUUUGUAUUCACUGAAACAAGCAUAUGAAAGUGAAGCGGAUUUAACAGAAAAAGAGAAAGAUGAAUUUGAUACCGAAACUCGUCUUUUAUUGCAGCAAUACUUUGAAAAAUUGAAGUUUCUGGAGAGGUAUGAGAAUCAGCGACAACAAGUUGUAAAAGAAAAAUACUUAUCCAAGAAAACUCCAAGUUUCUUUUCACUAGUUGAUGGUACUGACGAUGAGAUGUCGCUUUUCCACAGCACAAACAACAAAUACAGAAGUGGAGUGCUUCAAUCCCUUAGUAUUCUUCUGUCAUCAGUUUCCUCAGAUCUCUCGAAAAUGCAGCAAGAGAGAUUAUCCCGUCAAAAGGAGCUAGAAUCCAUUGAUUUCAAUGCGCAAUUAUAUGUUCCAACCCAAGAUAUGACCCUUGGUUCAGUUUCACAAUCACCGGCAAUAGAGACUACACAAGAUGAAGUCAAACAAUACAACGAGACCAUGAGCAAACUUUCACAAGAACAAUUGCAAAUUCUAGAAACAGAGCAUGAUGAGCUGCUCAAUCACAAAACUAAAGAGCUUGAAAAGGUUGAAAAACUUAGUAAAACAAUUAUGGAAAUUUCUUCUUUACAAAACGAAAUAGGCGCCCAUCUACAGGCGCAAACGCAGAAUAUUUUUACGCUAUUGGAUGACCAUGAUGAUGUUCAGAUGGACAUUCAGCAAGGAAAUAAGCAAUUGAGGAGAGCUCAGGAACGUGAAGGUAAGUCAGCCAGAUUGAUCGUCUACCUUUCCAUGAUUUUCGGACUUCUUAUACUUUUUCUUGACUAUAUAAAUUGA